AUUAAAAAAAAAGACACGUGAAGUGGCGCGCCAAGUUUGUUUUUGAAAAGAAAAAGCUUGUUUCUAGUGAUAUUUUUAAUGCUUAAAAAGAAUCAUUUUUAUGAACUGCAUAUUAUUAAUAGUGUUCUACUGUAAUUUAAAAACUUCAUAAGUAUAAUUUCCGCCUGGGUUUAAUUUCAUCAUAACAACAAUGUUACAACCUGUGAUGCACAUUUUGAAACAGAAAAAUAUUAUUCUUGCUAGUGGUUCUCCAAGAAGAAAGGAGCUUAUUGAAAAUAUUGGUUUAAAGGUUGCUUUGUGUCCUUCACUUUUUGAAGAGAAUUUAAAUCCUAGAGAUUUCCGCAGCUUUUCGGAAUUUGUGGAGGAAACAGCUUUACAAAAAGUGCUAGAAGUGGAGUCUCGGUUGAGCAGUCAAGGCGUAAGCCCUGAUGUUGUAAUAGGUGCUGACACUAUGGUCACUCUUGACAAAGAAAUGUUUGGAAAACCUACUUCUGAGGUUGAGGCAUUCGAAAUGUUGAGUAGGUUAUCAGGCAGAUCUCACACCGUGUACACUGGAGUAGUGGUCAAAUCAUUUGACAAAGUAACUAAGUUCACAGAAAAAACUGAUGUAUUCUUUGGUAAACUAGAAGAUGAUCAGAUAAAAGGAUAUAUUGCAACAGGGGAACCUAUGGAUAAAGCUGGUGGUUAUGGUAUACAAGGAGUGGGUGGAACUUUUGUGGAGCGUGUUGAAGGAGAUUAUUUCACAGUGGUAGGAUUACCUAUUUACAGAUUGUGUUCGGUGCUAUAUAACAUGUUUAAAGAGGCAAAAUAGCUAGUAAGACAAAUUUUACACUGCAUUUUAAAAUAAGAAUGAUUAAGAAUAAGUUGUUAUAAUGUUUCCUAUUGAAUGACGUUUUUUUUACUUUACUUUUUACUUGUUCUGUGUUAUUAGUUCACUUUAUAAAUAAUAUAGUUAUUUGUUGUAUGUCACAUGUACACAUAAUAGUUAUACAUUGGUGUCGAUGGAUUACUAUUUAAGUACUAUACCUAAUAAAUAACAGACUACCUGAAAUAAAUUUAAACGGUUAGUUAUUAAUUAUAAAUUUUUAUUUUGUUUUCACUUGUCGUACAGUAAGUGAUGACAUUUGGUAUUUAUAGCUUAUUAAUAAAUUUUUAUGACAUCACCA